CCGAAGACCAUGUCCAGCCCAAUGUUUGGAAUUUUCACGUGGGACGAAUCGUCAACCUCGGACGAGAAAGAAGAAAGAAAAAGGAACAAAACAUACCCCGCAAUGUCCACGAUGAAGACGACGAUGCCAAAGUAAACAGUCACCAAUCGCGGUUAUCAGAUCGAACACUUCAAGUCCACACACGAAUCCAAUCCAACUCCUACCCCUCAUAGGUAAGCCUGCUUCCAGACAACGCCGUUACCACCAUGUCGUCCGAUACAGACGCAUCUCUGGACAAAACCGUCCUAGCCGUCUCCUUCGCCUCCGCCGUCCUCUACCUCUUUCAAGUCCGAUCCAGCCCCUCGUACUCGCGCACGCUCGUCAAGACCUCUUCCACCGCCUUGCUCUUCUACCUCUCUCACCUUCUCGGCGGCCCCCAAUUCCUUACUGGCGCUCUAGCCCUCAGCGCCCUCGGCGAUGCCUUCCUUGCUUGGGAUGGCGACCUAGCCUUCCUUUGUGGUCUGUCCAGCUUCUUGGUGGCUCGUGUCCUUUACAUCUUGUUGUUUCUGCAGCAGCAACAUGCUGCUGGUUUUCAAGGUCUAUCAGAGGGGGGAUGGCGCACCGCAAUGGCUGGUGGAUUGGUGGUUCUGGUCCCUGUCAUGAUCGCCACGUUGAUGCCCAAGGUUGGCAAUGCGCUGAGAGUACCGGUGUUGGUGUACUCGCUUACCAUUUGUGUGGUGGACCUGACAGCGCUCACAUUGGAGAAUGGAAGGGUGAUUGUGGGGGCCGCAAUGUUCACGGCGUCGGACUCGAUCCUUGCGGCGGACAAGUUCUUGGUGCCUGAGACAGAAGGGUAUAGGGACUGGAUGCAGAGAGCCGUUUGGGUACUGUACUAUGGAGGGCAGGCGUUGAUUACGCUGGGAUUUGUUGAGCCGGCGUGGUAGGGCACGUCCGGUGUAGCAUCCGAAGGCGUGGAGGACAGGGCGGUCACGCUCCUGGUGGACAGCGAGUUCCAACCCGGCUUUCGUUUGCAAGCCAAAGUCUGGCUUAAGCCUCUCGUGCCGGCUUUCGACACUUGGCCGCUAGGAAAGGAAGUAGUGGAUGACGCCAUCGACAGUCAAUAACU